AUGGUUGAAGACUCAAAUUAUAUAAGGCGAGCACAAGAAGCUUUCAACCAAGCAGAGAAAAAAUGCAAGCCAGGAGUAUUUGGCAGAAUGUUUUCAAACCGCGACGCUCGACUUGAAGAAGCCUCAGAGCUGUACAAGCAAGCUGCAAAUUAUUAUCGACUAGGAAAAGACUGUAAUUUUAAUUUAGACAUAUCCUCAGCUCGCUCGUUUUGUAAAUGUGCUGAGUGUGUCCCUGAUGAAGCAGCAAAUUACUAUUCAGAGGCAGGAAACGUUGUGAGAAAAGUUAAUUCAGCUGAUGCAGUCUCUUAUUACAACAGAGCUGUUGAGAUUCUCGUCAAUAGCAGCAGAAUCAGCCAGGCUGCAAGACUACGAAAGCAGAUCGCUGAAAUUUAUGAAACUGAUGAAAUGUUGGGUCUUGCAGUAGAAAAUUACUUACAAGCCGCUGAGCUCUUUGAAUUAGAUAAUAGUGAUGGUACUGCAAAUUCAUGCCAUUUGAAAGCAGCUGAAUUAAGCACAUUGGACUCAUUAGAUAGCGAAACCAUAUUAAAAGCCAUCAAGGUAGAUUGUAUAUAGAUUUUCGAAUUAGUAGGACAAAGGUAUUUGAUGAAUAACUUGACGAGGUUUUCAGCGAAAGACUGCUAUUUUAAAGCAGCGCUGCUAUUCUUAGCAAAUGACGAUACAGUUGGAGCUGAAAACAAUUUGAAUAUGUAUUCAAACAGAGAUCCGAGCUUUGAGACUUCUAGAGAAUGCAGAUUCGUAAGGGACUUGCUUGCAGCAAUUCGAUCAGGAGAGCAAAGCGAUUUUGAAGUAGUCACAGCCCAGUUUAAUAAAAUCACACCUUUAGACAGAUGGAAAACUCACGUGCUAUUAAAAGUGAAAUCCACAAUGCUGAAAGCUGAAGAAAAUGAUUUCAUAUAA